UCGAUAAUUCUUGUGGACAACACGUGCAGAAGUAUAAAUUGUUAAUUUCGCUUGUGCGUUUCGUUUAAAAGAUUAUUUAUGAACAACCUAUAAUAUAAUGAGUACCAGCAGCACUAAAAUUAAAUAUCUUGUGGCGGACACAACAGCAUUUAUAAAUGCUGUGCCGCUGAACGAAUAUGCGGAUAAUGUGCUUACCGUGCCAGAGGUGGUUGCCGAGGUGCGCAACAAACGCCAGAUACGCCGGCUCUGUGUGCUGCCAUUUGAUUUGCAGGUGCGCGAGCCACGUCCCGAAAGCGUUAAGCAUUGCGUGCAAUUCGCCAAAAAGACGGGCGACUAUGCCAGCUUAUCCGGCAUUGAUUUAAAAGUGAUUUCGCUCACAUAUGAGCUGGAGGCGGACACAGUUGGCACUGAGCACCUGCGCAAUGAGCCAGUGGUCUCUCAGGUAAUUGCCUCCAAGGACAAGCCCGAGGAAAUGCAGGAUGUGAAUAAUAAGCGUCUCGUCGGCUGGUAUAUGCCCGAGGGCAACGAGGAGGAUGAUGAAGGAGAGGAGGAGGAGGAAGAGGAAGAUGAAGAUGACAAUGAGCAGCAGUUGGACAAAGUCGACCACAUUAAAGCAGCCAUUGAAGCACAUAUGGAUGGAACAGGGAUACAAAGUCCAGAGAAUAAGCCAACAGACGCAAGAACAGACAUUGGCAACGACAACGAGGACGAUGACGAUCUAACGCAAGAGGAGCUGGACAAACUAUUUGAGAAACUGCAAUGUGCACCAUCUGCGGACGAGGAGCGGGCAACUUGUGAUCUUUUAGUAGCAGAGUCCAAAGAGGAAGACGAAGAUGACCAAGAGGAGCAGCAGACCCAACAAGCCAACGAAAAAGAAAUUGAUGAGGACGUUGGCGACGAUGGCUGGAUAACGCACUCAAACAUCAAGAAGGCCAAAAAGGCGCUCGAGGGCAAAGUGGAAACGGACAUUGUGCCGCCGGUUGCCUGCAUGACAACCGAUUAUGCGCUGCAAAAUGUGCUGAAGCAGCUGAAUCUGCAGCUGGCCGCGCUAAAUGGACGGAUCAUCAAGCAGCUGCGCACCUACAUAUUGCGUUGUUAUGGAUGCUUUAAGACGACAAGCAUCAUGACAAAGGUUUUCUGCCCCAAUUGCGGCAACAAGACUCUCAAGCGUGUGGCCGUUAGUCUGGACGAAAACGGCAAACAGGUGCUGCACAUAAACACGAGGCGCUCCCUUACUGCCAAGUAUAAGAACCAAAGCCUGCCACGCUUUCAGGGCGGCAAGCAUUCACGCAAUCCCAUUCUGUUUGAGGAUCAGCCCAUGCCACGACAGAUGCCGUCGCGUGUGGCCAAAACAAAGACAAAUGCCCUUGAUGAUGAUUAUAUUGCCGGCUUCUCACCGUUUGUGAUGCGUGACGUCGACUCCAAGUCGGCAAUGCUGCGCUCAAAAGGCAAUCUGAAAGAAUGGGCACGCAACAACAACUUCGAGGAGGAUCGCAGGCGCAAGAACUACAAUCGCUUGUACAAAUAAUACGGGUGGGGCAUGCUACCUACAAGGUUAUAUUUUUCUCAUGCAUAUGUUAAUAUUAAUAAAACACUAACUUAAAACAAA